UGUAUUAGGUGCGCUAAACAUAACCUUCAAGGAAAUAUUCAACAAGUGAGAAGAACAUUCCCAAAAGCAGAAUAUUUGUUUUAAUAUUUACAUACAGAUUUUUGUGAAUUAAUUAGUGCAGUGGGUAGCACUGUCGCUUUACAGCAAGAAGGAUUCCCAGGGCGAAAAUACCUUGUAUAAUCAUGAGGUAGUUUACAAUUUUAUUUUAUUCUGACAUGAAAUCAUUGUUUUAUUUAUAAUUCUUCAUUAUCAUUAAAAACUGAUUGAAUAUAAAUCAACAUUAUAGUAAGUAAAUCAUCAUUAAAAUCAUCAAUAAAAAUCAACACAAUGACAGAUUGAUGAUUUUUUUUCUCAAUGAUCAGCUGAAAAAUACAAUAACAACACAAGAAAUGCAAUUAUCAUUUGUUAUUAGCAUUAUCUUGUGUUUGCUUGAUCAUUUCUUUCCCUACCUCUAAUCAUCUGUUCGUGCACCGUACUCGCUCGGAACACAGCUCUGCCCUCUCUCUUGCUCCUCCUUGGAUGAGUGACAGGUAAGAUGUGUGUUAGUGUUGCUGGCCAAGGAAGAUCGAGAAGUUAACAUGAAAUUACAUGGAUUUUAGGAUCCUACAGGUGCACGACAUAAUGCACCUGUACCAAAACCAAAAACAGAAGGGGGCAUAACAAGAGAUUCUCUCUGCUUCCAUUUUCACUCUGGGAGACUGCAUGCACCAACUCAUCCCUGUUGCCUUGUGUGUGGAGAUGUUUACAUUCUCACACCUGCAUCACUGGCAUCUGACUAUCAGAGAGGAAGGAGCGCUAAGUCUCAACAGAGAAACACAGCUCCCUGGCCUUGGGUUUGGGAGCUAGAGUCCAGAGUCUAUCAGGCAGAGACAACCAUUGAACAAUGUAGGUGAAAUGUUAAAUACAUACAGUAAGACAAAAUAUAAGACAUUAAUUGCAGGACAUAAGUCCAUCCAUCCAUCCAUUAUCUAAACCGCUUACUCCCUAAUGCGGGGUCACGGGGGUGCUGGAGCCUAACCCAGUUGGCUAUGGGCGAGAGGCAGGGUACACCCUGGACGGGUCGCCAGUCCAUCGCAGGGCAACACAUAGACAGACAACCAUUCAAUCACACACACACACCUACGGGCAAUGGAGAGAAGCCAAUCAACAUAAUGCACGUCUUUGGACUGUGGGAGGAAGAACCCACGCAAACACGGGGAGAACGUGCAAACUGCACCAGGGCUGCCUCCAGAACCUUCUUGCUGUGAGGCGACAGUUCUACCCACCGCACCACCGUGCCGCCCACAGGACAUAAGUCAUAAAUCAUAAAUCAUAUAAUAACUGCAUAGAAUAAGGAAGAAACAAAUUUUCCCAUAACAUUGAUAUACAUUACAAUAGAACUAACAUUGCAACAAACACUGUGAAAGUAGUAGUAGUAGUAGUAAAUCGCUUGAGGCAGGCCACGAGUCUACCACUGUGAGACGUGCUGUUAAUACCAGCAAGCACACAUAGAGCCCUCAUGAUGUUACUUAGCUCCAUUUAUUGAAGACGUUUGAUGGUACAUCGCUGUGAUCACCAUACCAGCAUUGGCAUUAGCAUAAGGGGUUGAAAGUAAUUGCACUACCCGCCUCUGUGCUCUCCUCGGUAAUACUCUUCCAGCGCAGGCAAGCAGGUGCCUUUUAAUGACGUGAACCAUCAACGUCAUUAAAGUGCACCAAUCGAAAGCAUAUGUAACAUACACUAGGGCUCCUACACACUGAAUCAAUCAAAUACACUGACAGAGGAAAAGGCACAGGUGAGAGAGAUGCCAGCCUAUGGGUGGCAGAGGGCGUGCACUAGAAAAUGGGAGUGGAACAUGAUAGAGGGAUUAUAAAUCCUGAUACUGUGCUCAAGACUGCAAGGUUCUUCCUUGUGCGUUUAGCUAUUACGCCUGCAAACAUUUGUCUCAUACUACAGUAGAUGUGACUUGACUCUGACAUGGAGCAGAUCAACAGCCGUGUUUUCAACUAUAAAAACUACAACUUUUUUAAGGAUCAAACAACUGCAGAGCUCAUAGAUUUACUCCAGAGCUUUGAAGUGCGAGACAGUGACUUAUUCCUUGUCACUUAUCCAAAAUCAGGUGAGUUAAAGAAUUUAUUGAUAUAUUUCUGUAUUGGUGGAAACAAUAUGCUACUUUUUCUAUUCACAGGCACUAUAUGGGCUCAGCAGAUUAUGAUCUCUAUCUGUGAGUUAGAUGGAGGUCUGAACAACUAUAUAAACAACUCUGGCCAGAUGCCAUGGCUAGAGUACCAUGAUAAGGAUGAAGACUAUUCUCUACGUGCUUCUCCACGACUGUUCACCUCUCAUCUGACACCAGCUCUCAUGCCUCCACAACUGAAAGACAAGAAAGCCAAGAUCAUCUAUGUGAUGCGUAAUCCUAAGGACAACAUCGUCUCCUAUUACCACUUCAGCUGUGCACUCAAAGUCAUGGAGACUCCCAAGAGCUUUGAGUGUUUUUUGGAGGAAUUUUUGAAUGGCAACGUUCCGGGAUCCUCCUGGUUCGACCACAUCAGAGAAUGGCAUUUAAACAAAGACCAGUACAACAUCCUCUUCUUGACCUAUGAGGACAUGACUCUAGACCUGAAGGCAGCUAUAACUAAGAUAUGCAAAUUCUUAGGGAAAAACCUCAAUGAAGAAACCAUUGAACAAGUGGUUGAAAAAUGCACCUUUAAGACCAUGAAGAAAGACCCAAAAGCCAACUAUGAGUUUCUGCCAAAAGACAUGUUCGAUGGAAACUUCAUGCGUAAAGGUCAGAUCGGUGACUGGAAAAACAGCUUCACUGUUGCUCAAAGUGAGAGAGUCGACAAAAUGCUGCAGGAGAAACUCGGUAAUCUGUCUCUGAAGUUCAUCUGUGAAUAAGCAGAGAAUACAAUAAGGCUGAUUAAAGUAGGUGCUGACAUGUUUUCUAAGUGAGAACAAACUAAAUAAAAAACCUAAUCAUUUGUUUUGAUAUCAUCUUUGUGUUUCAGAAAAUGUGAAAAAUAA